GAGGGUAAGGUGUGAGGACAAGGGGCAGAGGUGGGGGAAGGACAGGGCUGGAAGAUUUGGAGGACAGAAAUUGGGGCAGAGCCAUGGGUUGGGGAGAAAUAGAAAAGGCCAAAAAUGGUCAAGGAGGUCAGACAGGCAGACGGGGUUUGUGGAGGGGAGGCAGGAGAGAGCGUUAGAGUUCUGUAUGGGACUCAAGGCAGGGACUGGAGAAACAGAAAGGAAAGUAAAGAUGGGGGAAAAGAAAGGGUAAGGACAGACUAGGGAGGCAGAGGAAGAAGUGGGGAGAGAAAGACAGAAGGGAGAGAGGCAAAAGAGAAUAUGUUCUGGAUGCUCUAGGACUGAGGGAUUGGAAAAAUAGGAAUAAAUGAGAAGUAAAAGGAUGAAGGGGAGCCAAGGGAGGGAGACAGACACAGGAAGGAGAGAGGAAGGAAAGGCAUCAUGGAUUUAUAGAGUGGGGCUACAGAAGCCAGAAGCUGAUAAAGGACACUGAAGAGAGGUGGUGGGGGCAAUAAAAGUAAAGUAUGAGAAAUAGGGGUACUAAGAAGGACAGAGAUCAAGGUUCUCGAGGCCCCUAACUUGCCCUAUUCCUACCUCUGGGGUCCGGGAACAGGAAGAAGGGCUCCCGAAGGUUUGGGGCUCUAUCUCUUGCCUCUCCCCUUCUUCUGGGUUUCUGAAUUCUGUUUGGGAUCCUGGAGACCUCAAAGGGUCAAAUUCCUGGGUUCCUCCCCAGGGUUACCAUAUUCUCCUCAUCUAAUAGCUAGAGAAAACAGCCCCCUGACAAAAGCCUACAGGGUUCCCCUCCAGGCACUGGGAUGACAAGCAGGGAUUGAUAAAAUGGGAAGUAGAACUGGUUACCAGCCACCUCCCUCCCCUCCUCUCAUCUGCCCCCCCACCCCCCAGCUCCCUCCACUGUCAUUCAUUCUGGAUGCAGGCGGAUUCUUUGGUGGUCUGUGAGGUGGACCCAGAGCUGAAGGAGAAACUGCGAAAGUUCCGCUUCCGGAAAGACACAACCAAUGCAGCUAUCAUCAGGAUUCCCCCAGUGAAAGUGGACACAGGCCGGCAACUGGUGGUGAUGGAGGAAGAAUUUCAGAAUAUUUCUCCUGAGGAACUGAGGAAUGAGCUGCCUGAGAGACAGCCCAGGUUCAUAGUUUACAGCUACAAAUGGCUCCAUGAAGAUGGACGGAUCUCCUACCCACUCUGCUUCAUCUUUUCUAGCCCUGUGGGCUGCAAGCCCGAACAGCAGAUGAUGUAUGCAGGAAGUAAAAACCGACUUGUGCAGACUGCUGAGUUCACUAAGGUGUUUGAGAUCCGCACCACAGAUGACUUGACAGAGGCUUGGCUUCAGGAGAAACUGGCCUUCUUCCGCUAGCUGAGGAGUAUGUGGAGGUGGGAGGACCCAGAAGUCCAAGGAUCGGGACGCAGGACACCUGGGUCCUGGGAAAUUAAAUAGCCUCAGACAAAAUAAACUAGUGAAA